AUGGAUGAUGAGCAAAUCAUUUGUAGAGUAUGUAGAAGUGGACCUACCAUAACUCAGCCAUUAUUUCACCCAUGUAAAUGCUCAGGAAGCAUUCGUUUUGUUCAUCAAGAAUGCUUAUUACAAUGGCUUUCACAUAGCAAGAAAAAAUAUUGUGAAUUAUGUAAAUAUCGAUUUGUAUUUACACCUGUAUAUCGUGAUGAUAUGCCUGAUAAUAUACCUUAUAAAGUGCUUUUAAGACAAUCAAUGCCUCUUAUAAAUUUUGGGUUUAGUCUAUUGUUUCGAACACUCUUGGCUAUCCUUGUUUGGCUAUUUGUUAUACCAGUCUUAUCAUCAUGGAUAUGGAGAUUUUAUUUCUGGAGUGGAAGCAAUGUUGGUUUUAUUUCUGAUUCUUCUCUAGUAGCUAGCAAGAAUGAUACCCAUCAAACAAUUAUCAAAGAAGAAAGCUUUUAUUCUCCAUUCAAGUUCCAUUGGAGAGAACUUUUAUAUGAUUGUAUUCAAGGAUUAAUUAUCACAGUAUGUGUAGUUAUUAUGUUUGUAGCAGCAUACUUAUUUAGAGAAUGGGUUAUACAAAAUACAAGAUCAGCACCAAGGCCUCUUGUAAAUGAAGCUGAACAAAAUACCAUGAAUAGAUUACCUUCAUUAAGGAAUUCAGAACAAGAGAAUCAUGACGAAAAUAGGAAUGAAAUCGUAGUAAGAUUAGAACAAUUAAGAAGGGAUCUUGAAAGACGAAGAGGCGAUCAUGGUGGUAAUAGAGUUGACUAUAGAGAUAUAGAUAUCACCUUAGAUCAUAAUGAAGUAAUAGAAUAUAAUCAUAAUCCUUAUGCUACAUCUGGUUCUACUUUAUCACCUGGUUUAGUAGGCUAUUUUCCACUGAACAGUAACAAUAUAAACACUAGAUCUCGAUUAGAUGAUCGUACGUCAAUGAAUAGUGAUGAAAAUGAUAUCUUUGUGAAUCCACCAAGUGGAGUCCAGUCUCCCUUUAUAAGUUGGAGAGAUUAUCAGCAUCAAAAUACUCCUUCUACUGAAUCUUCUUCUCAAAAUCAAGUCAGUGGAUCUGUAAUUCGUAACGAGGCAUCAUCGAAUCAUACCUGGAGAGCCCCUGAUUCUUCAGUUUCUUCUUCAUUCGUUGAAAGAAAUAGUUAUUUUGCCGAACAAUUUCUUGACGAAACUAUAUUAUUAGAGACAAAUGAAGAAGAGGAAGAAAAUGACCAACAGUUAGAUAAUAUUAGAUUUCCUAACUCUGAAAUACAACAUGGAGUACGUUUAGAAGAUAAUAAUAAUGCUACAAAUAAUAAUAAUGAUAACGACAAUAAUAAUGCUACAAAUAAUAAUAAUGAUAACGUCAAUAAUAAUGCUAACAAUAAUAAUAAUAAUAAUAAUGAUAUGGCAUUUGAUAUUAUGGACGAUAUCGAUGGCAUUUUAGAAGCUAUUGGUCUACGUGGAAAUAUUUUACUAUUACUUAAAAAUGCAAUUUUAAUGUUAUUAAUGAUCAAUCUAUGUUUAUGUAUUGUUGUAUGGAUUCCUUAUAUAACUGGGCGUAUAUUUAUAACAAUACAUCCCCAGAGUAUAUUAGGAAAUACCUAUAUUACAAAGACAGUUCACGUUGUGUUCAAUAAUACAAUCCUACUGAUUUAUACAAAUAUAGUGAAUUUAGUUCAACUAUUUUUACCAACUUCGACUUUAACUGCUGUCAAUAGCAUAAAGGAGAAUGGAUUGAUUUAUUUAUAUUUCAUUUUUAAAUCAAUACACAUCGUAUUACUUGAUCAAACAGGUACUGGACUUGCCUCAUUUUUGUCAGAUACAACGUAUACAAUUGAUUCUUGGGAAGUGAUUAAAGAGAAUAUCUUUUCAAUCUUUACAGUCAUCUCACAACGAUGGUAUCAAUGUUCCUUUUACUUGUCAAGAAAUAAAAAUGCUCGACCUGGUUCGACAAAAGAAAUUCUUCGUCAACAGACAGUAUUCCUUAAAGUUCUCUUUUUCAUCUUACUUGAGCUUCUGCUAUUUCCAACCAUGUGCGGUAUCUUUAUCGAUAUAUCCACUUUACCUCUCUUUACAGAAUGGACGAUUAAAAGCAGAUUUCAUUUUAUGCUUCUAAAUCCUUAUUCUGCUUUAUUCUUACAUUGGUUUAUUGGUACAGGAUUCAUUCUUCAGUUCUCUGUCUUUAUUGCUCUAGUUCGAGAGGGGGUACGUCCGGGUGUACUCUAUUUCAUGCGUGAUUCAAAUGAUCCCGACUUUCAUCCUAUUCAAGAAAUCGUAGAUCAGCCCACAUUUUUAUUAUUAAAAAAGCUAUUUACAAAUGCCAUAGCUUAUUUUAUGCUUAUUUUAGUAGGUAUGGGUCUAUUCACGUUGGUAGUAAGUCGAUAUAGUGGUAUCUGUCCUAUUAUAUGGAAUUUAAAUACCCCUAUUUCUUUAUUACCUAUUGAUCUAUUGGCUGUUCAAUUUUUGUUACCCAUUCUUAUGGAUUAUAUAGCACCAAAAGAAUUAUUUAAAAAGAAUGUAAUUACUUGGUGGCAUAUUGUUUCUCGUUAUUUACGGUUAUCAUCCUAUAUGUUUGGAGGCAGAUAUCCUGAAGAGGAAGGUGUUUAUGUCUAUAAUAAUAGUAUAAUAUGGAUAGUAUCGAACUCUUUCAAAAAAUGGUGGCAUGAUAACAAUUUAGAAACCAGAGAAACACAGGAAAAUGUAGAUCCCUAUUUCUUUAGACGGGAUGGAGAACUUGUACGGGUCCCUGCGCAUGACCAUAUUUAUGACAUUGCUGCGCCUGAAAAUAAUAGACAUCUUUUUGUACCCGUCCAGCCUGUUCAUAGCGAAGAAGGACAGAAUUCUUUUCUCUCUUUUCAAUCUCAAAAUAAUAACAUCGAAACCGAUACGACCAUUGUCUAUAUACCCCCUUAUUUUAAAUGCCGAAUUCUUAUCUUUUUGUUUUUAAUAUGGUUAACUGGAUCUCUUCUUAUCUGUACAAUCUCUGUAGUCUUAUUGAAAUUAGGAAGGAAUUUAUUUGAGAAAUUUCAAACAGGGAAAGAGAACAAGCCAAUACAUGACUUGUAUUCAUUUGCAUUAGGAGCAGUAGUGAUGGUUUUACUAAGUUUAUUAUUAAAUGUUACAAUUCAGAAAUAUCAAACAAUUAAAAGAAAUGAUGAUUGGAAAAGUCUAAAAAAUGACAUAUUCAAAAAGAUAUACAAGAUAAUCAAGUUUAGUUAUUUUCUCUUCAUGUAUGGAUUCUUGAUACCAUUUUUGAUUGGUAUCCUAUUUGAUUUGUAUAUCUCUAUGCCUAUAAAACUAACACAUGAAGAAUCGAUUGACUUGUAUCUAACUCUGGAUUGGGCUAUUGGUAUAACCAUAUUAAGAUUAUUGUAUAGCAUUACUUCUAUUUUCCCUAUCCAAUCACUCAAGGACAAAGCCAUUCAGUUCAAUUGGAAUAAUCUCGAUGAUCUAAAUAUAUAUAAUACGACUUCUGUUAAUUAUCCUGAAAUCAAAAUAUUAAUAUUCCGAUCUGCUUAUCCCAUCUUUUUCUGUGGAGCAUGUUGCAUAGCUAUCCUAGUAUUAAGUAAACGUUUCAUUAAGACAUGGCUUCGUCAUAUACGUGACAGUCUAUAUCUUACAGGAAAACGUUUACAUAAUCUAGAAGAAUUGGUUUCAUCAUGA